AAAGCUGUGAUCCUGGUCAUCCGUUGGGCGUUACAAAAGGCAACAUUUACGAUGGGCGGCAAGGCGACGCGGUCCAUCUCCAAGAUUGCCGCCGACAAGCUGCAUGGCGCGUCCACGGACAGCGACUUUGACUUGGAGGCAGAAGAGAAGCGGAUCCACGAGAUGGAAGCCAAGCACGCGCUCAUCGUCCAAUAUGUGGUCGACAACAUUUACCCGUAUGCGCCUGUGACGGUCCAAGCCAAGCGACUGGCCCUCGACACGCCCAAGGACGACUGCCACGACAUUGGCAAAUUGAAGAAGCAGACAUACCUCUGGAUCACGCUGGACGAAGCGCUCCUGUCGCAAAAGCGCGUCUCGAUCGAUAUGAAAGCCAUGUACCCAAUCGCAGUCGCCAUCGACAACGACGGGAACGCCUUUGUGACCGACCAAGAGUCCGGCCAGCGCAAGCUCAAGGCAGAAGACAUGCUUGCACUUGCUUCCGUGACACAGCCGCCGCCACCACCCCUGACGCCGACCUUUGUCACGGCCACCGUCGCGAGCCUCACGGUCGCGUGGACCGAGGCGCCGGGUAGCAUUUUGGAUCGGUUUGAAGUGCAAUAUCAAAAGAUGGCAGCGGCCAGCGCCGUGGUCAAAGCCUGGAGCGUCUUGACCCACGACGCCAACAGUCGGCAAGGUGCCCUCACCGACCUCACGUGCUACGAGGGCUACCUCUUCCGCGUGCGCUGCCGCAACCCUGCGGGCUGGAGCGAGUUCAGCGCGACCGGCGGCCCGUUCUUCACGCUGGCCGGGGCGCCCGACAAACCACAUGCUCUGCACGCCGCUGUCAUUGCAGACACGUUCAUUCAUGUAUGUUGGGCCGCUGUCAACGACCACGGGUCGCCGAUCACUGCAUAUACGCUUGAAGUGCGCGAGAUCAAUGAGGCAACUGGGCCCUUCGAACACCUCUACGCAGGCCGCGAACGCGAGUACCUCUGCGCGGGCUUGCGCCCGAAAACCAUGUACAGCUUUCGGCUCCAAGCGGCCAAUAUCGUCGGCUGCACACCUUGGCUCGAGAGUCGCGCGAUCCGCACCACCGCCUUUGGGCGCCCCGAGGUGCAGGAGCUCCCGGCGUCCUGCAGCAGCGAGCGGUGGGUCGAGUGCUGGGACCCGCGAGAGGAGAAAGUGUUCUACUUCAACAAGUUUACGAGCCAGCGCACGUACGACGAGCCCGCCGAGAUUGCGGCCGCACGCAAAGCCACGGGCGAUGCUCUUGAAGAGACCCCCGAGAUGAUUUUUCGAAAGAAGCGCUAUCACUUGCAUCGGGACCUCCGUGGCAACGCCACUGUGCCACCAAGUGCAUUCGAGGUGGCCGUACACCGGGCUACGGUGCUACCCGACACCAUUGCUCGGUUUGCGACCGCGUCCAAGAAGGAGCUGCUUGGGAAGCCCCGGGUUACGUACCACGACGAAGACGGCAUCGACUCGGGGGGGCUCACCAAGGACUGGUACUUGGCCGUCUCCAAAGCGACACUGCAGUCGUCGUGGGGACUCUUUCGUCCAUUAGACGAUGGCGGUGUGUAUGAGAUCGACCCGGACGCCGACACGCCCGCGCACCUCAAGUCGUUUCGAUUCCUCGGCAAGUUUGUGGCCAAAGCCAUAUACGAUCGACACGUCGUGGCGCUGCCCUUGGCGCCCUUGGUGCUCAAGCACCUUCUUGGCGAGACCGACACCACCGCGGACCUCGCGCUACUGGAUCCGCAGUUGGCCAAGUCGCUUUGCUGGAUCGAGACGCACGAUAUUACCGACGUGCUAUUUGACACGUUCUCCAUCACGCGCGCCAACAACGUCCUCGGUUGCAUUAUCGCUAGUGGAUCUCAAAGAGAAUGGACGCGCGAUUGAUGUGACCGAAGCCAACAAGCUCGAGUACGUGGCGCUGCGGCGGCAAUGGCGCACCGCGUUCGCCAUACGACCACAACUCGAUGCCUUUCUCAGUGGCUUCCACACACUCCUCCCCGCGGCGGCGCUGCAGCCGUUUACCUGGCACGAGCUACAGUUGCUCAUGAGCGGCAACCCGAGCGUCGAUGUCGACCAGCUGCGCGCAACAGCCGUGUACCAAGGCGGCUACGACGCCAGCGCCCAAGUCAUUCUGUGGUUAUGGCAAGUGCUGCGCUCCUGGGAGAAUGCGACGCGCCAGCGAUUUCUUCAGUUUGCGACGGGCGCGAGUACCUUGCCGCUGGAUGGGCUCGAGCCGCCGCUCACCAUCACGCUCUCCGAUCUGAGCGACGACGCACUGCCACGGUCCCACACGUGCUUCAACCAGCUCGUGCUGCCAAAGUACACGUCGUAUACGACGCUCGUCACGAAGCUCCGCUUUGCGAUCGAGAAUACUGACAGCUUUGCCUUGAGCUAAAAGACCGGAUUCGAAACGCUGCAAUUUCCAGUGGAUUACGUGGACCAAUUUACU